AUGCAACGUAAAGGCGAAGUCAUAACCUCUUUGGAAAAGUCUGAGUACAAAGAUUACAGAACCAUUGGAGGGAUUGCAGCAAUUGGAGUAGAAUUGGAGAGUGAAGGGAAAGUGAUUUGGAGAGCGAUUGGGAGAAUGAUUGUGAGAGCAGUUGAGAGAGUGGUUGGGGAGUGGUUGAGACGGUGA